AUGACCACGAUGGGUCACAAUACCGAAUCUCAAAAUUAUCUGCAGCCCUCGUCUUCGAGGUCAGCAGCAUCGGCGACGUCUCGGAGUGCUGUUAACUUCUUAACAGAUGGCGAUGGCGGUGGUGGAAUGGUUGGCGGAACCGCAGCAAUGGCGGUGCACCAUAACCGCUCUUCUUCAACCACGAAAGGCAACAGUGACGGCCAUAGCCUGUCGUCAUUGGCAAUGGAACAGCACCCCCUGAAUGUCUUGCUGGUAGCAGCGGUUCACGGUGGACUUUGGUGGUCGAUAGCGGCGGCUGAAAGAGACGGAAGCAUAAGGUGGCGGCUGGGAGGAAUAUUAGGGUUAGGGUUACAUGGGGUGUUGUGGCUAUGA